AUGAAUAAUAAUGGUAAUAAUAGUUAUUUGGAUGCUAAUAGUUCUCAAACGAUUAUUAAAUCUGAAUUUUAUUCUAAACAAGAAGGAGAAGAAGAGUUCAUAUUAAACAGUGUUCCAAUCAAAACCGAAUUUUGUGACGAUGAUAGAAAUAACCAUAAUAAUGGCAAUAGUAGCGGUAACAAUGGUUAUGGUUAUGGUUUGUGA